AAAAAAAAAAAAAAAAAAAAAAAAACUCCAAGUAGCAAUUUGGGGCAUCGCAGGUUGCACACCACCCCCACCACCUUCGUUUGCCGUGCGGUGCUCAUCCUGCGAGCAGCUCAAAGCGGACAGCGGAGCUAAACUCGAUCUCACUACCAAGCCAAGUUUUGAAACAUUGCUCGAGGCCAAGAUUAAACAGUAACAUACCGAGACACUGUCUACGGUACCUACCAGAACUAGCGAUUGCACCCCUUUCAUUCUUGUUCAUUUGUCCCCUUGCAAAUAUCAGAGCACCAUUCAAUCAAACCGGCAAACAAGUAUCUGUCGAAAUGAAGAUUCUUGAAGCACAGAAUGCAGUUCUGACAAAUUACGAGGUUUACACUCAUCUUAUUGAGUCCGAGACCCGUUUCUCUGCACGGCACAAAAAGGAGCAUAGACGACCGCCCAAGAAUUAUCAGGCAGUGACCAAAGAUGUCGUCAACUACUGCGGGACUUACCCCAACCCUCUGAGCCAAAAACCGCUCACCUACACCAAGGACAGCCUCGCGCAGCUCCUCGGCAGGCUGGCCGAGUUCGGCCUCGCCAAGGGUGAGGUUCUGAUGCUCGCCAACCUGCGCCCGACCGAGCUUCCCGGUCUGCACGUCUGCAUCGAGGAGAUUGCCGAGCGCUUCACCGAGGAGCAGCAGACGCAGAUCCUCGAGGCCGUUGUCGACGUCCUGGGUGCCUUUCCGGUCUCAGAGGAGCAGGCGGAGGAGUAUGGCGACGAAGAGGUGACCGAUUCGAUUGAGAACGGCAAUGCGCCAUGACGUGACGCUAAGGCGCGAUUGUGAGAUUGAGGGGGUAAAUUUAUUAUUUCGUGUCAGAAUGAACAUUGCGAAAUGAUUUACGACAAGAACUACCUAGUCACCACCAGCACCCACACGCGCUCUACAUGAUCGCACACGCCCCUUCGCUCUGCCCUCCCUCGGCGGUCGUGGUCUUGACGGCCAUGAGGUAUAGAUCCUCGAAAGUCUCACUCAGUAGCUCGCCCGUCACGGCCGAGCACUCCAUGUAUCGAUCCGCCCUCAUCUCCUGCGAUAUGCGAUAUCCUUCCUGCGGGUAGAUGAUGCCGUUGGGGUCUUCCUCGGACCUCAGGUCUCGCUUGAGACCUAGGACUGCGAUGGGGAUCGAGUCGCCGGCUGGAAAUGUCUGGCGCAACUCCUUAAUCCACUGUUGUUUUUAUGUUGGGCGUGCGAGAAUCGCGGGCAACUGUGUGAGCCUCUAUCUUAUGAAUGGGUACCGGAUGGUUUUAUUGGGGGCGGUUGGGCAACUCGACUCACAACUCUCUGCAUAUUUAUGAGGCUGAGGCGUUGGCUUAUAUCAUAACAUAUCACGAUGAGAUCUGGCUGAAGAAGGCGCCAAUUGGUGGGACCAGAAGUGUCGUGGAACUCGAUGCGAUAGACCCCUUUUCUGGACCGCAGUUCAAAGAAGAAGGGCUGGUCCGAGUCGCGCAAAAGCGUGAUCUCGGCUCGUCCGGUCAGCCUGUCUUUGCCCUGGGCUACGCGACUACGGCAGUUGAUGUAUUUUUAUUUUCUUGUUAGGAAAUGAUGGUGCGUUUUCUCUCAACCAACUUGGAAACAAUUCAAUGGGGGCUGUUGUAGAUAUUGAUGAUGCUUACGAUAGGAAGGUGGAUUUUCCAGUCCUGUCAUCUCCCAACAACAACACGGUGAUCGUAUGAGACUCCAUUUGAUUGCCUGACUG